AUGGCGAUAGAAAUAUUGGUGAUCAGUGGGCUGCUGGUUGUGCUGCUAUUGAUGUUACUGAUUUGCACCUCUGGCCAGAGCAACAAAUCUGAACAGGAAGACCCCAAGGGAAGUAAGUCAACUGCUACAAAACCUUUUUUAAAUUAUUUUUGACUAUAUUGGUUUUACAUCCACGUGUUAGAAUAGUUUUUUGUGACACAUUGGCAUCACAGAGCUGUCUGAAAAUCCUAAAUGAUUAACACUCAUUUUCUACAUUCAUUUUCUCCUUUAAGACUUUGGAUCCAAACUUCUACAGUGUGUGUUUAAGCAUCGUCCCAGGUCCUCAUCUCCUUCUCUCCCAGGUCCUCCCAGUCGCUUCCUUAUAGGCAACAUGAUGGAGCUGACCCACAAUCAUCUACCAAUUCACUUGACUAAUCUGGCACAGCAGUAUGGACACAUCUUCCGCCUAAAAUGCGGAAACACAAGUAAUGGACCCGUUUUGGAUUAAUCACCUAUAUCUGUUAAAAAAACAAUCAACAAAUACAUCUUCAGAAAAAUUUGAAUACAGUUGAUAGCAGCCACACUAAUGCCUUGUUGUGUAUUUUCAGCCAUGGUGGUGCUAAACAGUAGUGAAGUCAUAAGAGAAGCACUCGUGAAAAAAUGGUCGGACUUUGCCGGGCGGCCAGUUUCAUACACAGGUAGACAACUCACACCUCUUCUGCAAUAACAAAUGAACAUUUUUCUCAUGUACUUAUGACCUCUCCUGGCUUGUAUCAGCUGAUAUUGUGUCCGGGGGAGGGCGGACUAUCUCUCUGGGAGAUUACAAUGAGGAGUGGAGAGCACAACGUCGACUGGUACACACUGCUCUGCGGCGCUGCAGCCAGAGCUUUUUGCAUGAGGUGAUAGAGAGGCAGGCACUGCAUCUGAGAAAGGUACAGAACAUAAGAGGAACAAAAUGCAACUUUCCUUACAUCAAAUGAAAACACAUUAUAGCUCCUGAGGUGAUAACAGAGAUCCAUUCAGAGUACUGAGGUAUUUCCAAAAUGGUCACAAAAAGCAUUUACUGUUCACUGUCCAGGUUUUGUUGCAAUAUCAAGGCAGAGCUGUUGAUCUUUCAGAGGACUUCACUGUGGCAGCCAGUAAUGUCAUCACCACUUUGGCUUUUGGGGAAGAAGUGAGUAACUUUCCAGUUGCAGUUUGUUUUCACUCAGAGUUGGAUUGCAAAAUCUGCUUUCUAAUGAAUGAGCAGUCUUGGUGUCUAUGUUUAUGAUGUUCAUUUGAGGAGCUUGUGCAUUCUUAACAUGCUGUUCUGUUACCAAACAAGACUUACUAAAACUUUAACCUCUCUGUUUUUCAGUAUGAUAAGAGCUCCUCUGAGCUGCAGGAGCUCCACAGCUGUCUGAAUGAGAUUGUUGCUUUGUGGGGCUCCUCUUGGAUUUCUGCCUUAGACUUUUUCCCGCUGCUCAGAGUCAGUAAAUAGUCUUUCAACUAAUACCCGAUCAAAGAAAAACAAGCAAAAUAGCUUUAAGAUAGUGUGGCAUUGAUCUAAUUUGUCUUUUCAAAGAAACUACCCAAUCCUGUAUUUUCCCGUCUUCUGAAAGAGGUGGCCAGGAGAGAUGAAAUUAUUAAGAAACAUCUUGACAAUUAUAAGGUACGUGGGAUACCACACAAUUAAGGUUGAAAAACUUUUCCCACCUUUGCAACACAAAAAAGUCUGUGUAUUAUUUGCUUCAGCCGGUGGCAUAAAAAUGAUCUAUUGGUGUUUAGAUAUAACAAACUUGUGUUGAAAAUCAGACUGAUGUAGGAUAGGUCUUUUUAAUUAUGGUUAAAACAGAAAUGAUUUUCCCACUUAAACUUGUGUUUAAUCUUAUCUGCUGUUUUGGUGUUAUCUGUGCAGUCGAAAGACAAGAAUAAUGAGGAGGCCAUCACAGCAUCUCUGCUCCAAGGCCUUGACCCACAUCGACAAACAGAACAUGAAGCAGUGAGUGUGUGUGUGGGAGAGAGAGAUUGGAGGGAGAGUGUGGGGUUGAUUUGGAUAUGUUUGUGCAUUUUUCACCACUGUAAUGGGUCAGGUGUGUUUCCUUAGUUAACCGAUAUAGUACCCACUGGUGCACUAAGAAAACUUUACGUCUGCAGCUCCUCACAGAUGUUCAUCUUCACAUGGCUACUGUAGACCUUCUCAUUGGGGGAACAGAGACCACGGCCUCCUGGCUCAACUGGACUGUGGCCUUCCUUUUACACAGACCAGAGGCAAGACACAUUAUCUCUGAUCAAACAUUACAGCCACACACCUUGAUGUUGUCUUAUUGCCUUUCCCCUUCUUUCUCUAACCUUCAGGUGCAGGACAUGGUGCAUGAAGAGCUGUGCACAGUGCUAGAAGGAAGAUACCCCAAGUACAGUGACAGACAACAACUGCCUGUCCUGCGUUCUGUGAUCAACGAGGUCCUCAGACUAAGACCUGUGGCUCCGCUAGCUGUGCCACACAGAGCCAUCAGAGACAGCAGGUCAGCUGAACACUUUCUUCUUCAUUUGCUGGUCGUAAUGAUGAAAAAAAAUGUUUUGCCUGCAAAACAAGCACUUAAAUUGAUGAUUUUAAAGGUCCCAUGGCAUGCCAAUUUCACACAACUUAAAAUAGUCCCCUGGUGCGUUAAAAGCAUGUCUGUGACGCCCUUCGGUCAAAAUUCGAUUUGGAUCAAUUAUUUAGUGCUCUUUGUAUCAGGUAAAAACAGCUCCGCUCAAAAUCCUCUGUUUUGGGCCAUGUCUCUUUAAUGACAUGAGCUGAACCUAAGCCACGUCCACUUUACACCCAUCUCUCUGGAAGGGGCUGUGGCUGUGCUCCGAUAGCCAUGUGCUAAUGUUUACACUGGCUCGGUCAUGGCUGCAAGAAGAUCGCUCGUACAACCCUACCAGUUUGAGCCAGAGUCUGACCCAGAGGGAGAGGCUCCGGAAGAAACUCUUAGCCGCGUUCAGACCAAACGCGACUUGAAGCGACCUAGUCGACACAUCCUAUGUAUUAUUCAAAGCCGCCGGGAGGGUCACGCUAAAGGAGGAAGAUACGAAUGUAGAAAAAUAUCAACCAGAGCUCUGCUACAAUGUAAAAUUUUUGGUGCUCUAAAACUUCUCUGAAGCCUUUGCUAAUUCAUAGGAUGGCCGACCGUCCAGCAUUAGCCAGGACGUCCCGUAUUUGAGCCAAAAGAGGCGCGUCGCCGCACGGGUAAAUGCUAAAGCUACAUGCUGCUCCGUAGGGGGAUUUUGUCCCCCGCCGCCGGAGUUGUCGAGGAAGAAGCGAGCGGCUAAAAUAUGGGAGGAUCCGGUAAACCGGCGCGGAUCCGGUGUGUUUAUCAAAGCGUGGUGGCCGUGCUGAGGCACCGGGGGGAAUUUAGGCUAAACGGUAAGUCAAAAUAAAACGUUCAUACUUACAGACGCCACGUUUGUAGUAGGAUCACGGAUAGUUGGUAUGGAUCCAUUCUUUAUCUUCAGACAUCUAGCAAAUCCAGCGUUGAACUGUCCCUCGUUGAUAAAACAGUCCGAAGUGAAAUGGUGCGCACAUCCAUGCAGAUAUUUUGGAAGUGCCGCGGGUACAUUCCCAUUAUAAAUAAAAUCCACCCACUGAGUCCUCAAAUCCUCCGACGAGGGAGUUUUCAAAAGAGUUUUGUGCUCGUAUGUGCAGCCAACAACAGAGCAAACGCUGCCUCUUUUUCAGAUCGCACUUUCGCCAUGGUUCUAACCGGAGCAACGUGAGCGAGCGGCCGGGAUUAAUGGCGGUGUUUUGAUAAUUUUUUGGCCAGGGCAGUGGGCGGCUCCAUGGGCAGUACCAUCAACCCGCCAGCACUGACAUGACAUCAUGUCAGUGGAGUUUUCAGAACAGCCGGUGUUGUGCCGUAGAAUGCACCCCCGACAGGAGCGCGGUUGAAAGUACUUAACAUGGCGAAAAUAAUCCAAGUUUUCCUUACCAUUGGAUGAAUUCAUAAGCAUGUGCCUUUAAUAAUUUCAUUCAGGCUAUUCAGAUAAACCGAAAAAAUAGCCGUCUGAUUCAGAAUAUUUGCUGUCCCGAAAAUAUAAUGUUCGCUAGCUUGACAGCUUACUGUACAAUCUAUAUACCCAAGCACACCUCCGUAUGUGCAUUUUUGAGACAUAUAAAAACAGAACGGCUCUUAGCACACAGUUCCUAAAUACGGAGAUAACUAAAAAACGACUGGAUGGAAUUUUUUCGAACUUGGGGGGAUUGUAGCGGUUUUCUAUCCCUGAUAUGCACCCCCCUCCUGUUAACAAAGUCAGUUUUUCAUGCCAUGGCCCUUUGAGAUGUAAAUAAAAUCAUAAACACACUCAAAGCUGGAUACAAAACACAUUAAAACAGAAAAAUAUGAUCAUUUAAGCAAAACUAGUCUACUAGAUUCAAGUGGGAGUUAGAAGUUAUGGUUUUGACCUAAAACUUUUCUACACAAAAACUACAACUAAAAACUACAACUAAAAGAAAUACAUUUCUGAAUUUUACGUCUCCAUAGGAUUUUAAAACACAAAAUAUAUCACUCAUUCACCUGUCAUUUAUAUCUUUCAGCUACCCCCACACACAUUUUCUUACCAAAAUAAAAGCCCCUUUCAUCAAUGACGGGAAAUCAGCAGACUCGGGUCUAAGAAAGUGAAAAACAGAAAAUAAAGCAUGAGGUUGAGCUGAUAAGAGGGUCUAUAUGACAUAUGGGAAAAUGAUCACAAUUUUGCUGUUUUACAGUUCUGCUGUAGGUGUACUGUGAAGCUUUGAAAUGUCUCAGACUUCUUACUGAGAAUAAUCCAAAAUAAGGGUAUAUUGAUUCUGUCAUUUUAAUCUGGAUGCAGACAAAAUGAGAAUUGUCCCAAAAGUCUUUCCAAAAUCUGUGUCUCCUGUGUCUCUGUUACUGUCAUGUGACAAAUACAGAAUUUCCUGAGUGACCAAUUCUAUUCCAUCCACUACAGCCUACAACUAGUUGGCUGUUAUAGGCUGUCAAAUCUAAGCCCACCAUGGCUAGUGGACUAACAUUAAAUUCAUACCACCUCACAGUUCUUAGAUGUACUGUCAAAUGACAGGAAAAUAUCAGUAGUUUUGAAACCAUACUUUGAAACAAGUAAUGGUCCUAAAAGUGUCAAGGGGUAUAAACUUUACUUCCUCAAGAGCUAAGACAAAAAUUGUCAUUUCUAUGUAUAGGCCUACAGGUUAAAUUUUGUAUUUUAAACUUUUGUUUUAUGCAUCUAAUUAUAAAUGUUUUUUUUCAGAGCAGGUAACCUGCUGACCCUGCUUUGUAGUAAAGAUUUCAUGUCAACCUAUUCCCAGCAUUGCAGGUUACUUUAUCCCCAAAAGCACACUCAUCAUUCCUAAUCUUUUUGGCGCUCACCAUGAUCCUGCAGUGUGGGCAGAUCCGUACCUCUUUAAACCAGGUACUGCUUUGGCUGUCAUACACAAUACAUUUUAUUUGGCUCAGUGGAUCCAGAAUUAAGCUGCCCACUCUCUCUGACUGUCUCUCUUUCCCUCCUCCAGAGCGCUUCCUGGAAGGAGGAGGGGGCUCCACCCGUGCGCUGAUCCCUUUCGGAGGGGGGGCCCGGCUCUGCCUGGGGGAGUCAGUUGCCAAAAUGGAGCUCUUUCUGUUGACUGCCUACUUGCUCAGGGAUUUCAAGUUCAUCCCUGCAGGGAGUGUGCCCGAUCUGAGAGGAGUUGCUAGUGUUGUGCUCAAGAUCAAGCCCUACACAGUUAUAGCACAGCCGAGAUGA